CUCCACGUCUUCCUUAAUUCACCUUUUCAUCUCUCGAGUCUCGACGGUGACAUUUGACUUAAAAGUCAAACUGAAAGCGAUGGCCGGAAUAAACUCUUCGCCGGCGACGAUGAAGCUCUUCUCCGUUCUAUUCCUCGUUCUCACAAUCUCACCCCCGUCACGUAUUUUCGCUAACGCCUUCUCCUUCCCAUUCUCCUCCUUCUCACAAUACAAAACCCUGAUCUCAACCACACGAUCCCUCCUCCUCCGCGUCGCGAACCUACGCGCUUCCCGCGGAGACGCGUCGGGGUCGUCUCGGGUACGAGAAAUGGCUGAGGAGAUAGAUCGUGGGUUAGGGAUAGGGUUCCUGAGCAGAGCGUGGUCUGUUGGGUGGGAUUACAUGUGGAACUACGCUUGGAGAAAGGGUGGGAUUGACUACGGUGAGGUGUACGGUGCGAUCGGUGAUCUGAACGAGCUUAUGGGUAUAGUUACGGAGUUCAAUCGAGCUGAAUCGAACGCUGAGAAAGCGAGUUCUGCUGCGAGGAGUUAUGGAAAAGCUCUUCGUGUUUCGAAGCAGUUGCUUCGUCGUCUCCUUAGAAUCUUUCGUAAAUCGGGUGCAUUGAGGGAGUUUUGGGAGAUGGUGCAAGCUGAAGUAGUCGAUGGAGAGUUUUUACAAGACUGUCUUGAAGUGGGCAGUAACGACGUGAAGAGCUUGCUUCAAAUAGCGAAAGACAUGGCUCUACAAUACUUUUCUUCUCCAAGCCGUUCCUCGGAUGAGUUAUAGCUACAGUACAGAAAUGAAGAGUUUUCAUGCAGUGUGCUAGAAUAAGGCAAGCAAAGAUGAGCUGUAUACUUUUUUGAAGAGGUUAUUGUCUAGUGGUUAGUGACUGUAUUGGUCGAGAUUAGAGAUAAACUUUGAUAUGUAACACAUGUUGAAACUGUUUUUGAAUAGGAGAAUAUGAAGGAAUGAAUAUGGAUUUAAGCUCCA